ACCUGAACUCGUAAAUCAUGUGAAUCAAGAGCAGAUGCUUUGAGACGACCCCGCACGGAAUGUGGUAUUUUUAAACCAUUGAUCAGUACAUGUACACAGUCUACGGUUCAGGCAGGCAGCUCCGCAUGUCUCUCCUCGGCAUGGCGUGCUGAUCACGCAACUUUGGGUGACGACUCUUUUUCUUAGAAGCCGGGCGGCCGCCUUCUGAUGCACUGACACGCCCAAACAGCACAGCCGAGAGGGGGACGUCGGGGCGAGAGGCUUCUCAGUAAUUCACGGACAGCAUGGGGCGAUCUGGAGGACAUGAACAUCGAGCAAGUCAUGGGCGAAACAAUAGCUUACCCUUUAUGCUCAGCAACGGUGCUCACAGUGAUGUAGUCCUUGUCCUCGGUGGAUGCGGUUUCCUUGGUCGCCACAUUAUCAAUUUAUUGUUGGAAAAGAGUGAAGGAAUUACUGAAAUACGGGUUCUAGACAUUCAAGAUAGACCGAAGUCGUUUUCCUUUACUGAAAAUCCGAAAAUACAGUUGAAGUUCGUCAAGGGAGAUAUCACCAAUCUACGCGACAUAGAGAGAUCGUUCCAGGGUGUCAAUGCGGUCAUCCACUGCGCCUCCCUUAUAGAUACCAGUCACAGGCAAGAUGUAGAGAAGUUGAAAAGAAUUAACGUACAAGGGACCGCCAACAUCAUUAAAGCAUGCGUCGCACACAACAUCGACCGCUUGAUCUAUACGUCCAGCUCAGAACUGGGAAGAACCUUCGACCCGAUUGUCAAUGCAAACGAAGACGACGUGGACGAGAAGAUCAAACAUAAGCACAACAAGAUCAUUCUGAACGGGUACUCGACAAGUAAGGAGGAGGCUGAAAAGAUGGUGCUCCUUGCCAACGGCCACCGGCUUCAAAACGGGAACAAGCUUGCCACCGUUUCCUUGCGGCCCUGCGGUCUGUACGGCGAAGGAGAUUCAAUGUAUGUCACCACCGUUAUACGUACCGGGCGUAAGUUGUUUUACGGUUACCUCCCAGCUCUUGGCUCAGCGGACGCCAAAAUUCAACGCGUUUACGUGGGGAACGUCGCAUGGGCCCACGUGGUCGCCCUCGCGGCCAUGACACGUAAGGACCCGGGCGUAUGCGGCAAGGCUUAUCUUAUUACAGACGACACUCCAAUAUGCGACAAUUUCACCUUUAUGAAACCCUUCUUGGAAGCAAGGCAAAUCGAGCUCUUACCUGUGAGAAUCCCCUUCGUAGUGGUGUACUACUUCUGGGCCUUAAUGGAGUUACUAAUCUGGCUGCUCUCCCCUCUGGUGAAGAUUCCUCUGCUUGUUAACAAGGAAGAAGUCGCGCUAUGCUGCACUACUGCUUUUUACAACGGUUCCCAGGCGCGGGAAGUAUUGGGCUAUAGGCCUAUCUUCACUCCAGGGGAAGCCAUGGAACGGUCCCUCACCUAUUACUCCACAAUGCCCCUCUAGCGGCGGACAUGGUAGUUUAAUGCACCAGAACAACAUAAACAAGCAUAGUAUCGUAACUAUAAUUAUUGCAUAGUCAUUUUAAUAGAGAACGUUAUUAUUAUUAUUUUUUCAUUUUAGAUUCAGUUGAAUAAGUUAUUUUUAUUUUUUCAUUUGGAUAUAAUUGUGCAUGGGUAUAAUUUCCCGCCUGAUUUGUGGUGGAUGGUACUUAUAACAUGCAGCCCAAUGACUGAUGCACCGUUAAUUGGUGUGAUGACGUCAUAGAUUUCGACCAACGGUGAAUUGAACGCGUGCAGCAAACUUAGAAAUUCAUUGGCAGAUAUGUGGGUCUGAUUUGCUCAAUUAAUUAUGGUUUAUUAUUAUUUUAUAGCUUAAUUAGAGAUUAUAGAUAUCUGUACAUCAUUGUGUAGUUUCAUCUUGAACAAAGAUAGAAAAAGCAGACUGAAAGUGACCGAUCUGGAUCUGGGCUUGGUUUGAUGAAGGUGGUAGUCAAACAUUCAUGACGUUCUGUUAAUAUGGCUGACCUCUGACUGUAUGAUGCUUGUAUGCUAUGAUGAGGUCAGAUAUGAAACGGUUCACUCAUUCGAUUUCGGGAGAUGUCAAGCAGAGCCGAUGUGACUUCCAGCAUUCACCGAACCAUUUUAUUACGAACCCAUUUCAAAAACAUUCUGGUUUUCAUUCUCGUGUAUGAAUGAGUUUUAUUGCUCUUUCGGGGACUUAAAAUUUAAAGAGCGUUUGCUAAGAAUGAAGCUGAUUCGAUAACCGUCUACAUCUCUCACAAGAAUUUAGCAUUCAAAUUGUUAACGCUUAAGAUUGGCUUUACUUCAUCUAAUGGGCUUUACUCCCUUAAAAAGUCUUACUUUGGGAAAUAAUUAUGAGUAGCAAGCUUCACUAUUUACACAUAUUGAUUUUUCACGUUGAAAUAUACCGGCUAUGAUAUGUAUACACGGGAUAUCAGAAUCUAAAACAGUUUCCGUUUGUGUGAUAAUGUGCAUUGACAUUAGAUCACUCCCAUGUUGCAACAAAAUUGGAUUAGUCUAGCUCCAAGCAGACGUUGGACUGUAUUAGCAACCCAUGCACACGCUGACACGGGCUUACCGUAUGUAGUAAUGCACUUUGACGCUAUUCCAACGGCAAGUUAAAUCUGAUUGCAUUAUGAACGUAAGACAAUAAUAUUAAUGCGUUGAUCUGUUCUUGAUAUUUCCUAACUUAUAGUUGUUUGACUUAACCAUCCUUAUUUUCUAUUCAGUUGGAAUAUCAGACGUGUAGACCUCGUUAUUCACAUCUGUCUCCCAGUCAUAGUGGCCCGCAAGAUAUCGACAGCUGAGCUGAAAACUAAGGGCAAGCUUGUGUUAACUUAAGGCGGACUGAGGUCAUCUAAAAUAGUCUGCUAUGUAACAUACAUCCUGUGUCCAGUUGUUUCUGCAGGUCGACUCCCUUUUCUACAUUAAACGAGCACGGAUCUGUCCUAAUGACGUCACUUUGUGUGAAAAAAAUGUGCCAACAUUUUUUCUCUGUUCUGCACCUUUAUGGUCCAAAAUUCAAAGCAGAUAUAUUUGUCAUCUGAAACUGUAGGAAUAAAGAUAUAAGUGAA